CGGAGAAGCAUCGCAGCGCGCAGCAGCAAUCGAUCGCGUGCGCGCGCAGCCUCGCCAUCCUGGCCUCACUACGGCCAACGGCUACCAGUUCCAUAUAAUAUUCCACAGAAAUGAACCAAACUUGUGCAAAGUGACUACAUAAAUAAAUAACGUACAGCUAGUGACAAGUUCUUCCAUAAGGCAUCAAUAAAAGGUGCAAGUAUGUCGCCAACGCUGGGAGCGCAGAUACGGUGGCGCCGCGAGGCGGGGCCACCCGAAACUCCCGUAGAAGAAUCUAAAGAACCUGAAGUUACCAAAAUGAAUACAACUGAUCCUGCGCUGAUCUCUUCUACGCCAACAACAACCGUGGCUCAAGUUCAGGAAACGAUUCCCGGGCAGGAAAAAGUAGCUGAAAUGGCUCGGAAGAUGAACAUGGAAACAUGGCAACUCGUGGCCAUACUUGUCGGAGUCGCCGUGGUUGUGCUCGGGAUAUGCUUCUGCUGCAUCAGGCGAUGUUUCCGCAAGCGGCGUUCUAAGGAUGGGAAAAAGGGAAUGAAAGGUGUAGACCUUAAAUCCGUCCAGCUCCUAGGUUCAGCAUACAAAGAAAAGCCUGAUAUGGAAGAGCUCACGGAGAAUGCUGAGGAGCCAGACGACGGCGACUCAAAGAAGGAGGAACAGAAACUAGGGAAACUUCAAUAUAAGCUCGAGUAUGACUUUAAUAGUAACAGUCUGUCAGUAACCGUUAUUCAAGCUGAAGAUUUGCCAGCUCUGGAUAUGGGCGGGACUUCGGACCCUUACGUAAAAGUUUACUUACUCCCCGACAAAAAGAAAAAGUUUGAGACCAAGGUCCACCGGAAAACUUUGAGUCCAGUUUUUAACGAAACCUUCGUAUUUAAGAAUGUCCCAUACGCUGAUGCAAUGAAUAAAACUCUCGUGUUUGCUAUAUUCGACUUCGAUCGAUUCUCGAAGCACGACCAGAUCGGUGAAGUGAAGGUGCCGCUGUGCCAGGUGGACUUGGCACAGACCAUUGAAGAGUGGCGUGAGUUACAAAGCGUGGAAGGUGAAGGAGGGCAGUUGGGAGACAUAUGUUUCUCAUUGCGUUAUGUGCCGACGGCAGGAAAACUCACAGUCGUCAUACUGGAAGCGAAGAACCUGAAGAAAAUGGAUGUCGGUGGUCUUUCAGAUCCGUACGUAAAGAUAGCUCUUAUGCAAAACGGAAAACGCCUCAAGAAGAAGAAAACGAGCAUCAAGAAAUGCACACUGAAUCCCUAUUACAACGAGUCAUUUACUUUUGAAGUACCAUUCGAACAAAUACAGAAAGUGAAUCUAGUGAUUACGGUGGUUGACUACGAUCGCAUCGGCACGUCGGAGCCUAUUGGAAAGGUGGUCCUUGGAUACAACGCGUCUGGCACGGAACUUCGCCACUGGUCCGACAUGCUGGCUAGUCCGCGACGCCCUAUUGCUCAAUGGCACACCUUAAAAGAUCCUGACGAUGGAGAGAAGAAAGAUUAGACGCCGGAUUGAGGAAGAUUCGAAUGUUCAAGCAGAGAAGACAACUAGGUAUAUAUUGUUUUCGUGGAAUUAAUCUUUCUUGUGCUCUUUAAGCUAUAGUUUGGCGUGACGACGUUAUCAAAUUAUUAUUAGUUAAUUUAUAUAAAAUAGAGUGAAAGUAAAAUAAUUUAUUUCUUAUAUUUUUAAAACAAUCGGCCGGCCGAUAAGCAAACAGGUUUGCUGGUAAAUGAUCACUUCGAAAUCGUGGGUGCAUGGCCGACCUAUAUAAAAGGUGUGUGCAAAUAGGGACAAGGAAAAUUUUUAUAUAUAUGCGACAUAAAACGUGAUCAGUUACAUACCAGUUAUCGGCAUUGAUUAUUAUUUUUUUUAUUAUAUGUGAUCUUCCUACCUCUAUUUUGCUAUGUGGCAACGGUACAUAAUUUCCAACGGGAGGUACAGUUUAAGCUUAUUGGUGUUUCGCCGUCUGCCUUAGGCCAGCAAAUUUUGAAAAUGAUCGUACGCUUUACUUACUACCCGCCACUAAUCGUUGAUAAAGGGUACGUGGCGAUAGUAGGUACGAUAUGGUUAUAUUAUUUAAUAAUGCACCAACUAUUGACCUUAUAGUUAUUGUGUGCUUAUCCUUUGUAUACUUAGCACCGACUUGGUAUACCUUACAAGGUUAAUAAUCCAUGAAUAUUAAAUAUAUGUAAACUGUCGAAUAUCAAUCCACAUCUUUAUUUAUGUAUUUCUUUGCUGUAUUAAUCCUGAAGUAGACAAAUUUCAUAAUUUAUUCAACAAAGAUUAAAAGUUUAUUUCAAAUAAAUGAAAUCGAUUUUGAUGUAGGUACCGGCUACAUAUUAUAAAAUUAUAGUUUUUUUUUCGUGUAUCAUCUAUCCUAUAAACUAUAAAGUAAUGCUAUGUAAAUAAGUUGAAUCCUGUUAAAUUUAUUACAUUCUAUUUUACUAUUGUAUAAGUGUUAUAGUGUUGAUACCCCUUUAUUGUACUAAAUGUAAAGUUCCUCUAAGGAAGAGAAAAAUUAAAAUAAAUAGAAUGAAAAUAUGUGCGUAUUGAUUAGCUUAUUCCAGUUGUUUUAAUAUUAGUUUAUAGUAGAUAUUAUUUUUUGUGUGCAUAUUAUUUUUCUCUUCUAGUGAGGAACAAUAGGCCUAUUGUGUAAGUAUUUAAAGUUUAUUAUUUAGGCAUGUCAUUGUCAACUAUCCAAAAUAUGUUGGUGUCCAAUUAAUUCAAUGAGAGUCAAGUUGAUAAUUAUUUUAUUCCAUCCAGAUUUGGUGGGUUCUUUACAAUUUAAGUUUAACAAAAAUUUUAUUGGGCACAUAACAUAAGUUGUAUCAUCGAAACUAGUCGAAUAUAAGACUACGAGUAAUAAAAAAAAUACAUAUUUAAAGUUGUUAAAUAGUUUAAAUCGUUUAAUGAUUCUUUACAAUAUCGAUAAAUUGUGAUUAGACUGCCGUUUAUGUGGUUAAUGAAUUGGUAACAAAUAAAUCGAUAAAGUUCUGUUUUUUAACUUCGGUAGUGGAAUAUCUACGUCUAAGUAGAUACAUGUACUCAAAUCCCUCUAAUUCUACGCGAAAUGAGUAUCUAUAUUAUACCUACGUAUUUAGCUAAAGCUUGACUGUUGUUGAUCUCAAUAAUAUGUGUUAAUGUAUAUAAUGUAAUCACAUGUUAAAUUUCACAAUCACUUAUAUAUCUAUGUACCUAUAGGGGUAUGGAGUGAGGCUUACAGUAAAAUUAGAAAUGCACCAACACGAAAUGAGUAGAGAUAGACUUGCGGUUCAAGUACUGUAUUUAACAAUAAAUAUUAAAAGGGUGUUUAUGACGAAAUAUAGUUUGUAUUUCAAAUGCUGCAACAAAUUUCCUUGCAGUAUACUGCGUACAUGACGCCAAACCCACAGACUUGUCGCGUAUAACCAUAAAGGAAAAUGACAUGUUACUGUUGGUAUGUUGUAUGCGUAUAUAGGUACCAAUUUUAUAUGCAUAGGUGCCGCUAUUCAUUAGUGGCUAUUUGAUAGAAUUGACAAUAUAGACAUUUCCGCGCUAUAUAAUAUAACAUUAUAUUAAGAAGAAUACGCCGCUCUUGAUGGCGUAGUGUGAAUUAUCGCUAGAAUAACUAUGUUAAGGUCUGUUAGCACUCAGUAUUUACGUCAUUUCCUAUUGCAAAACCUUGAUUAAUUCUGGGUUAAAGUUAUGUCUUAUUCAGAUUUGCUAUACAGUGGAUAUUAACAUACAAAAAUAUCUCCAAAAAUUAAGCCGAGCCAACAGGCGAGUUUUAACAGAGGGCUGUCUAACCGUAGAAGAUAAAAACUGUUUUUAUAAAAUUAUCUCAAAGCUUGAAACGUACUUAAUCUUAUUCUAAUUUCCGAAUUCUUCAAACUAUAUUUGUUUUUACUAUGUACCUAGGCGAUCUAAAUCAAGCACAGAGUAUGUGUUAGUAUUUCCAUGAUUACCCUAGAAAUUGUAAACGUCCUCUUCCUGUUUUGAUGACGGAAAUACGUGGCUUGUGUUGAACGGCAUUGUAAAUAAACGAUUAAAAGAGUAAACAAAUCUUUGCUUGUCACGUAUUGCGUCCCUUGUAACGCUACUAGAAAUCUCCAAACAUGUUGAUCAAUAGGUACGCUCGAACAACAAAUGUAUAUUUCAGUAAGUAUUUCAUGAAAAACAAAGUGAAACCUAUCUUUUUAAGUCGUAAACACUACAUUUAACUGUAUUUUUUCGUGCACACGAAAAAGUAUUGAUGGUAUUAUUAUAAUAUUUUUAUAAGUACCUUCAACGGUUAGAGUGGUAAUACCAUAUACAUACUCUGUUAAAAACUCACGAGGUACAAAUAAUAAAUAAUUAUUAUGAAAAUAUCCUUAACAAAUAUAACAUAAAGGACAUAAUAAUUCAUCGUCAUCUAUUCCAUAUUCCAUCCUGCAAUUACUUAAUUAAAUAUAAUACAAAAACAAAAUGUGUCAUUUUGAUGGCGCACCUAAAGUACUGUUACUUCUUGUAGAGCGCGUUUCGAUAUAUAGGGAAACGUAUUCAUGAUCAGAAACUUACAUAUUGUUAAUACAUAAUAUUAUAACCGCGAUAGAGGUGUUAAACUUUAAUUAUGUCAAUGACUACGAAACGUAGCCGAAAGUAGAGCAACACAAAGUAUUAUUAUUGACGCUCUGUCAGAGCUUUUUUAUUUAUUGACAAAAAUAUAGACAUGUUGAAUUCCAUUCUAAUAGCUAAUCAUGGCCGCAAAAUAUAUUUGCUGAUUCUUGUAAUCUUUCAAUUAUUGCUCUACAAAAAGUGAAUACGUAAUGUGUACAUUGAAGUCAUAGCGAAUUGAAAUGUCUUAAAAAAAUUAAAAACAGAUAAUACAAAAUAUUUUGCUACAAGAAAACUUAUCUGAUAAAAUAUUUGAUACGUAAGAAUAACAUCUUAUCGCUAACUGAUUUAAAUACGUGCAAUUUAACUCGACGGCAUCAAGUGUGCAUUUUAUGCCUCUUACCAGCCUUAAAGGUGAACAUUGCAUAUUUUCGCCGCAAUAUAUAAGAUAAUGAAUUGAGUCAAGGCGUGAAACAACACAGUACUCUGGCAUAGUAAUUUACCUCGAUGGCGGAAUCUAUGAAUAAUUGUUAACCAUUUCAAUAUUUCUGAUUUAGAUAAUUCACUCCAAUGAGUGCAUGGUUUUACUGUAACCUAAUUAUCCAUAAUUUGCACCAAAUAAAAAACAAAA